AUGGACCGUAGAUCAUCGCGGAACGAUUACGCCCCUACAUCGGAAGACAACGAAAUCAGCCUGAUACCAGCAGACAAUGUAUCACCAUCAAGCUACACAUCCAGCCAGGCCGCCGAUAUCCCACUGCCGACCAUUAAAAACGACAAGCGAGCAUCAGCGGCAGGCCGACGAACAUCGACAAACAGCAAGCGGUCAUCAGCAACCCUCAACGCUCAAAAGUUCGUGCCACUCUCCAUGCGAGCCCUCUACUACUCCGUCGAAACAACAACAGACCCAUCAAUGGAACCAAUCCCUGACGGACCAGUCAGCCCUAAACCUCGCCGCUUCAGCAACCCAGGCACACAACUCAUUCUCGAUCCAAAUUUCCCAACGCCGCAGCCUUCGCCGCAAGAGUAUCUUCUCAAGGUACAGACUGCCGCAUUCUGCCAUGAUGAGAUGCGCCUAGCGUCAACGCUGAACCCGCCGAAGACCACGCCGCAGAUCCCACUGCACAGUCUCUGCGGGACAGUAAUCAGCACGCCGACGCAGGACCUUGAACGGCCUGAAGGAUCGAAGUUCAAGAUCGGCGAUACUGUCUGGGGCGUGACGAGUUAUACUCGUGAUGGAGGUGCGGCAGAUUAUGCUGUUGCCACGGAGUCGGAGCUUGCGCUAAAGCCGGCGAAUAUUGGGGCCCAGGAGGCUGCUGCGCUGGCGUUGCCUGGGUUGACGGCGUGGCAGGCGCUGUUUCGGCAUGCGGAAAUUGAUCCCGAUGCCUCUGUGAAUGGCCAUGGUAAGGGGAAAGAGAAUGAGACUGAACAUGGGAACGGAUAUGGGAAUCGAAAUGAGCAGCGUAAUGGAGGUGAUCAGAGAAGAGGGAGUCCUUGGGCCCAUGGGAAUGGCAAUGGUGGUGGUAAUGGGCAGAGCAUGUUCAGAACGGACAUAUUUGGAGAAAACAACAGAUCCGGCAGUGGCAGGAACUACGUGAAUGGGAAUGGGAAUAGAAACGGCUACGCUCAGAAAAAAAGCAUCUUCGCCAAUGGUUAUGGCAACGGCAGAGGCAACGGCAACGGUCAAAGUUGGCUAAGGAAGAGCGUGGAUGGAAUCAACAAUCUCGUGAGGACCGCGAGUGCGAUUACCGGUACAAAUGGAACUAUCAAUGGCAGUGGCAACGGCCACGGGUAUGGCUACGGCAGACGCCGUAGUAGUUGGCGAAGACCAAGUGGUGGUAUAUGGAGAAGAAGACGAGGCUCACAGAUGAAACUACGCGUGUUAAUCACCAACGCCCGCGACAGCGAAGUCGGCCGAAUCGCCGUGCAACUCCUUCGCGCAGAAAAGCUUUUCUCAUUCGCCGAGCGGCCGUGGAUCUGCGUAACCUGCACACCCAUGGAAGCAGAUAUCGUGCGUGGAAGUUGGGACGUGGACGAGGUCAUCGUUCUCCCAAACAUGCCCGAAUUCGACGAGUGCGACUUGGGAAAGGUAUUCCGAGCUCAGCGGUGGGAUCCUGUUGAUGUGGUCUUGGAUUGCUUUGGAGGAGCUGUCUUUCAACAAGCCCAUUCACCCAUAGUUGUUCAGGAUGGAGGCGCAGUUUUGACGGCCGUGGAUCCCUGGCCGGCGCAGGAACCGGCGAUUUCUGACCCGCUUGAUACCCUUGGCCGACGAAAUCGUGGCCUGAAGACGGUGUUUGUGCCUGUGAACCCCGAUGCUACCUCACUGGCACGCAUUGUAGAGCUUGUCGAGAGCAAUAUGGUUCGAGGAAGACCUGAGCAGGUCACAGAUCUUAUGUACGCAGAUCGAUUGUUGAAGGACCAUGCCGUGGCCGCUGGUGCUGCUCGCCGAGGAGUCAUGAUGGUGGUUCGCGUCAAUUGA